AUGGCUCCGCUCCGCCGCCUCUGCCUCCUCCUGGCUCUGCUGCUGCCGCCUCCCGCGGCACCGGCACCGGCACCGGCCCCGCUCCGCCGCCCGGACUGGGCCGCCUGCAGGAUCCUGUCCCGGGAGCUGUCGCGGCUGCUGGCGGCCGUCAAAGAGCCGCCCUCGGCGCUGGACGGGAUGCAGCUGCUGGAGGAGGACCCCCAGAAUUGGCCCCCCCGGAUCCGCUGCAGCGACGCCUGUGACCCCCUGACGCUGGAGACCAACAACACGCGCUGCCUGCAGCGGGUCCACCAGGCGCUCCAGCACUACCGGGACCUGCUGGGCUCCGACAUCUUCCAGGACCAGCCCCAGCCCCAGCUGGAGACCACGAUGGAGCAGCUGCUGCGCCACGUCCAGGAGGGGCACGGCCGCCCCCCCCGGCACCCCCUGGCCCCCACCGCGGUCUGGGCGCGGCACCUGGCGCGGCACCUGGCGCUGAAGCGGCUCCGCUCCUUCGCCGCCGUCAUCAGCCGCGUCUUCAACCACAGCGCCCGCUGA